CUACUCUCACCCGGGCCAUCCUCUAAAAUUCAAAUCCCUGGAGCUUUUGUUCGCUUUGUUCUGUUUUCUUCUUACAUUAAGGCCUUUUCACCCGCCUCCAAUUCUCCUAAAAGCUCCAGCACCGGAGUCUUUUAAUUUUACAGACACAAACUGCCAUUGGAGUUGAUUUACAGAGGUUUUGCGCCUGGGAAAAGAAAAACCACUCAUUGGCUGGGAAAGUUUACCAAAUGAGAAGAAAUCUAAGAAGCACGGCAGCAAAAAAGACCGAGUUUGAGGAUGUGCCAAUUGAGCCUCUUUCUGGAAAACCUUUUUUUGAUCAUGUCAUCUCAGAAAAUAAACCCUUAUAUCAAAUGGUCUUUCCACCCAGAAUGUACUCUGAUCUCCCUAAUGGAACUGUUGAAGCAGUGAUCAUGCAUGGGAAAAACACUUGGGAAACCACUCUGUACGGAAACAAGACCAAGAAAAGCCUGGACACUCAAACAUGGAGACACUUUUUGGACGACAAUAAUCUGAGACCCGGAGAUGCGUUGAUUCUUGAGGUGAUGGAGAGCAGCCAGGUUUUCUUAAAGUUUAAAGCUCAGAUACUGAGAGGCGACUUCCCUGUGGAACUCGACACACAGAUUGAUGGGGGUACACCAGAAAAUGCAAUCUCAAUUGAUUAGUGUGUUCAGUCAUCUAGGAUUUAAUUUUGGGUUUCACAUUGCCACCUUACAUCCUUCGUCUACUACCAUUAUUGAGUGACAUAUACUCCCCCGUCCUAAAACUUUCUUCCCAGAGCACUAUUCCAACUUCACGGGAAUUUAUAUUUAUUUGUGUUUUUUCAUGGCCUAUGAUAAAAUAAAAUAUUCUUGUCACC